AUGGUCAGGAACCUUCAUCUGACAGGCCUUGCGGCCGCGCUUGGCGGCGCAUCAAUCUUGGGGGCUCUAGCCCAAGGUAUUGACCAAACACCAAUGGUCGAUGAACCUGAACACAACGUCGCCAAGCCUGUCCUCUCCGGUGACAGGUCUGCGAUUGACUCUGAAGCUCUGCAGAAGCUUAUCAAGGGCGACAACCUCUUCGAGAGGGCCAAGCAGCUGUACGAGAUCGCCAAGCUUGGCGAAGCCGAGUACAACCACCCCACGCGGGUCAUCGGUAGCGAAGGCCAUCUGGGCACCCUCGACUACAUCUACUCCACCAUUUCUCAGCUUGGCGACUACUACACCCUCUCCAAUCAGUCAUUCCCUGCAGUCACUGGCAAUGUCUUCGAGUCGAGACUCGUACUCGGCAACAAAGUGCCCAAGUCUGCAUCUCCCAUGAGCCUGACGCCUGCCACGAAAAACAAGGAGCCGGUGCAUGGCGACCUCGUGCUCGUCCAGCACGAGGGAUGCGAUGAGUCCGACUACCCCGAGGAGGUUCGCGGCAACAUCGCUUUCGUCCUUCGCGGCACGUGCCCCUUCGGCACCAAGUCGGCCAAUGCCGGAAAGGCUGGCGCCGUCGCCGCCGUCAUUUAUAACUACGAGAAGGAGACGGUCCACGGUACCCUCGGAACCCCGUCGCCAGACCACGUUGCCACGUUCGGCCUUGGGUACGAUGACGCCAAGCCCAUAAUUAAAAAGAUCAAGAAGGGCAAGACUGUCGAUGCCAUUGCCUACAUCGACGCCGUCGUCGACACUAUCCAGACUACCAACAUCAUCGCCCAGACUGUAGGCGGCGACCCUGACAACUGUGUCAUGCUAGGUGGCCACAGUGAUAGUGUCGCUGAGGGACCCGGUAUCAAUGACGAUGGCUCUGGCAGCCUGUCGCUUCUUGAGAUCGCCACCCAGCUGACCAACUUUGACGUCAACAACUGCGUGCGCUUUGCUUGGUGGGCCGGCGAGGAGGAAGGACUCCUUGGAUCCGACUACUACGUCUCCGUCCUGACGGACGACGAGAACGAGAAGAUCCGGCUUUUCAUGGACUACGACAUGCUCGGUAGCCCCAACUACGCAUACCAGAUCUACAAUGCCACUAACGCCGUCAACCCCACCGGUUCUGAGGAGCUCCGUGAUCUGUAUGUUGACUGGUACAAGGCGCAUGAUCUCAACUACACUUUCAUCCCCUUUGACGGCCGUAGUGACUACGAUGGCUUCAUCCGCAACGGCAUCCCCGGUGGCGGCAUCGCGACCGGCGCCGAGGGUGUCAAGACGAAAAAGGAGCAGGAACAAUUCGGAGGCAAGGCUGGUGACUGGUACGACCCCUGCUACCAUCAGCUCUGCGACGACCUCCACAAUGUGGACGUCGAGGCCUGGGAGCUCAACACCAAGCUUGUGGCUCACUCUGUUGCGGUUUUCGCCAAGUCCUUUGACGGAUUCCCCAAGCGGACACUAAAGGACGUUGCUUCGUCCGAGCACGCGGCGAAGACGUUUUACCAUGGAAGCAAGUUGGUUAUGUAA